UAAUCUCUAUAGUCCAAAAAAAUAAAUUUCAUUCCGUCUUCAGGCUAAAUGAACGUGCGAAAUUGAGUUUUGAAUAUGCCAUUUAUUUCACAUUAAAAUGCAUUCGAUGUAUUUAAAUGAAAACAAACCCCCAAAAUUGUGCAGAUGAUGGAAAAACGGCACAAAUGAAUAGCUAAAAAUGUUGAAAACAUAGAUCUUCUUUUGACCAUUAAAUGUAUACAUGUUAGUUUCUUCAUUUUUAAAUGAUACUACGUUGCUGGACUGUGACUAAUCCGCCGGUACAGGUCAACUUUAGGCAGCACGUGCCGUCUUCCGCUUUAUGGUUUUAGUCGUUUCUUUUUUUCAUCCAAAGCAGCCCCAGUAGCAGCGAUGACAGCCUUUGAAAUGCAGGCCCCUUUUUUUCAAUGUAAAUUUAAGAGGGACGCGGAGGGAGAUAAAGGCUAUAAAAUUCGACGUCAUAGUGGCUCCGUUUAAUUGGCAGUGAGUCCGUCAAACAAGAGUGCAGGUAAGGCAUCCAGGAAGGACUGGUACGGUUAAAGAAAAACCAGAAGGAACGAGGCAGGAUUUUCUUUUCGGAGUCACAUUAUGAUCAAGAGAUCCCAGUCGGAAAGAUGUACGUGAGCUACCUUUUGGAGAAGGAUACCGGCAUGUACCCCAACACCGUGAGACACCCUAGCCUCAAUCUGAACCCUCAAAACUUUGUUCCACCGCCUCCUCAAUACUCGGAUUUCACCGGAUACCAUCAUGUCCCCGGGAUUAACAAUGACCCCCACCACAGCCAAAGCGCAGCUUGGAAUCCUGCCUAUGUCCCUCGGGAAGAAUGGGUUCCUUACGGACCAGCAGCGGGUGCCUCCACUUCCAACGCCGGGCAGAUACCUUUCAGCCCCCCGGAGUUCCCUCCCGUACAGCCGCCGGGGCUUCUCCCGCCGGCCAUCAAUCCGACUGUCGGUCAGCUCUCUCCAAAUUCCCAGCGAAGGAACACUUACGACUGGAUGAGGCGCAGCGUACCGCCAUCAAACUCAGGAAAGACUCGCACAAAAGACAAGUACCGGGUGGUGUAUACGGACCACCAGCGGCUGGAACUGGAGAAGGAGUUUCAUUACAGCCGAUAUAUCACAAUCAGGCGGAAAGCAGAACUGGCCACAGCCCUCAGCCUCUCGGAGAGACAGGUGAAAAUCUGGUUCCAGAACAGGCGUGCCAAGGAGAGGAAGGUGAACAAAAAGAAAAUACAACAGCCGCAGCAGGCCUCCACGACUACACCCACUCCCCCCGGCAUCGGGACCCCCGGUAACGUCGCCAUGGUGACCAGCAGCAGUAGCGGUCUGGUGUCGCCUUCCAUGACAAUGGCUAUUAAAGAAGAGUACUGAAGUCGGCCCAAAUUGCAAAAAGAAAAUAGACUGUUCGCGGCAGAAAAGAUUAAAUAAAAUAAAGAUGUUAAAAUAUACAGCUCUGGGGAAAAAAUUGAUUUU